AUGCUUCCUGUGGACAACCUGAGGCUGAAGGACGUGGAGAAGGGCUUCAUGUCCAGCAAACACAUAUUCGCCCUGUUCAACACUGAGCACAGAAACGUGUACAAAGAUUACCGUCAGCUGGAGCUGGCCACGGAGAGUCAGGAGGACGUGGACGCUUGGAAGGCCUCGUUCCUCAGAGCCGGCGUUUAUCCAGAACGAGUCACGGAGAAGGAAGGAAAGAGCGAUGGCGCGGAUGAGAACGGCUCGGACAGCUUUGGCCACAGUAUGGACCCUCAGCUGGAGCGGCAGGUGGAGACCAUCCGGAACCUGGUGGACUCCUACAUGGCCAUCGUCAACAAGACCGUGAGAGACCUGAUGCCCAAGACCAUCAUGCACCUGAUGAUCAACAGCACUAAAGAGUUCAUUAACGCGGAGCUGCUGGCUCAGCUGUACUCCUGUGGGGACCAGAACUCUCUGAUGGAGGAGUCGGUGGAGCAGGCGCAGCAUCGAGACGAGAUGCUGAGGAUGUACUUCGCUCUGAAGGAAGGACUCAGCAUCAUCGGCGACAUCAGCACCUCCACCAUCACCACCGCCAUGCCCCCACCCGUGGACGACUCCUGGCUACAAGUGCAGCGCGGAGGCUCCGGCGGAAGGUCUCCAGCCACCAGCCCCACCCCAAACCGUCGGGCUCCUCCUGGUCCUCCUGCGCGGCCUGGCUCUCGCGGUCCUCCUCCUGGGGCUCCUCCUGCUGGCGGUCCCCCUGUGCCCUCUCGUCCUGGAGCCUCUCCGGACCCCGGUAGCGGACCCCCUGUACCCUCCAGGCCCAACCGCGCCCCCCCCAGUGUGCCCAGUGGUCACGGGGGUGAGUGA